CUUUCUCUUUUUCCUUCUCAAAAUCAAUUUCAAAAUAAGGGUCUAAUUUUCAUCCUUCUAAAUGAGUCAAAGACAGUUCGUUAAAGAGCUGCCAAUCACUACUACAGUUGAAGCUCAAUAUCCACUUUCGUCCUUAUUGGCGCCUUCGGCCGCACCUACGAGUAUACAUAGGCAUACCGGUUUUUGGGAUAAAACGAACAAAGGCUACAUAACCCCACUUGAUACAAUAUCAGGUUUCAUAACAUUAGGCUAUGGCGUUGUGUUCAGUGUCGCAGUAGGCUCUGUCUUAGGUGUGUUUUUAUCAGUGUCAACACAGCCCGGCUGGAUCCCAGAUCCAUUAUCUGACAAGUCUCAACAGACUAUUACAAUUACUGAACUUAUGAGAAUGACAAAAGAGCAGAACAACUUAGGAAAGGAUUUCAAAGCAUGGACCACCUCAAUGAUAGAGCUAUGUGCUUUGUAUUUCUUUACCGGCCAUAAGGGUAUCAUGUCGAAGGAGGACAUACAAUCUGCGUAUGAUGGCACUUUCUUUUAUCGCUUAAGGGACAAGAAUAAAUUACUUAUUCAAGGUAAAGGGCAUCAAAUCAAUAACCAGCCUUUGAAAGGAAGGUACUUGUCAAAAUCUUCGAGCUCUAUGGAUAUAAAAGCUAUGGAACGCAAGAUGGAGCUUUUGCUCAGUUCAUUGCAGUCGAAAAGAUCUGUUACAGGCAGAUAUGGAAUUAACGAUGCACUAAGCUAUUUGCGGGAAACUGUUUCUGAACUGAAGAAUCAAGCUGUGCCUAGUCCAUUCAAACGUUCACCCUCAAUGAUUGAUGGCGUUAAAUCUCCUAAACCACCAGCUUACCGAAGAAGUAGAAGUCAAGGUGACAUGAUGACAAUAUCUCUUUCUGACGGCCUCACAGGGACCAUGAAAAGAUCUGAAGGUUUAAUGAAUUUACAAGACGAACUAUCCUUAAACGAAUUAUCAUCGAACUUCUUGAUUAAUCCUGACAAUAAUGAGGAUGCUAUUGGUGUUAGCGAUACCCUUUUACGUACAGAAGCUGAUACACACAAAACGCCCUUGUUUGCUGACGGAUAUGACAAAAAUUGCUUCGUUGGUACGCCUGAAUCUACCCCCAAUGAAAAAUACCUUCGUUCUCUUGUCUACGAAGGUGAUACUCAGACAGGCAGGUCGACACCUGAUAGUGGUAGACUAUCUAUGAAUGACUUCCUAAAUGAAGAGAAUGAAGACAAUCUUGAAAAGCUAAGCCAAGUACAAUUAACCGGUGUCUUGAAAGAAACUGAUGAUCCCUCUCGUAACAUUGAACAAGUGAAUGAUGAUAUCAGAAUGGAACGAGAACUGAUUCCAACACUAGAGCAAAACAAUGAAAGGAAAGCUGAUGAUAAGUCACAACUAUCGUAUCAAGAACUACAAGAGAGAGUGGGAAGCAAUCAAGACAGUGAGAAUGACCAACUUAACAAAACCGGUUCUGAAGAGGAGUUGAGUGCUGGUCAGCACGAGCCUCAAUUCAAUGAGCAAUCCACAGGAGUUACGAGGUCAUUUUCCGUUUCUCCAAUUGCUGUAGCUUCAACUCACUCCACUACUACACCUCUUCCAUCUCCCCCUGAGUCCUUAAAGAAGAAUCUUGAGCUUGAAGACAACAAUAAAGAUGCUUCGGAAGAAGUUGUCUCCAGCAGCAAGGAAGCGAUUAAAAGCAAUACUGGCUCUAAAAAGGGGAAAAAAGUUAAAGCAGUGAAAUAGAAAGGACAGCACUCGCCAAACCUCACCAUUCUAAAUUGUCUCUAUAUUGGUUAACACUUUGCGUUUUAAGUAAUGAAACUAACAUACAAUCCCAGUUAUUGAUGAAUAACUGGGCAUCUGAUAUUAAAAAAUGUG